UUUUGACAGUCCGCGCAAUAAAAGAGCUGCUAAUUUAAGCUCUGGAUCAGGCAAAAUCAAAAAACUCUUCAUCAGAAUCUCAAAAAUACAGAAAACUACAAAGGAAACGCAGUCAGAUAGUCAGUAAUUCUUUAAGAGGCUCUAUUCCCUUGCUACCAGACGAUUUGUUUCCUAAUUUGCCUCAAAUUCAGGCGGCCAAACAAGCCGAAAAACGCAUCACUCAAAAAUCGCUUCCAUCCGUGGUAACUUCCAAAGCUUUGGCUGUAGCUGAAACUAGAAGGGCGAAAACUGUCUUUUUCUAUAAGGACGGGGACGAGUAUUUUACGGCAAGGUGUUCGAGUACCAAUAAAUAAAGGGCGAUUCCGAACAAUGGAUGCACUCAUGGACUCUCUAAACGACUCCAUUCCUAUGCCUUUUGGCGUUCGUCGAUUGCACACCCCCAAUGGCAAAACUCCGAUUCGUUCUAUAGACGAACUCCAACCUCAUGGAAGGUACAUUGCGGCCUCUAGCACCCGACGAGUUCAGGGAGUCGAUUUGGAGGCAAUUGAACGCAGAAAACGGCACAGGGAAGACGCCCAACGUCGCUGGAACUUUCAGAGUUCGCCUACAACUACACAUGGGGGGUCGGCGAAUACAGGUCAAAUUCAAUUGACAGCGUCAAAAGGGGGAGCGGCAGAGAUUAAUACCCGCGACCCUCGCAACAACCAAGAUAAUACGAACAUGUUUCAAUCCUCACAAGUUGGAAGAGCUUCACGCUCGCGUAGCGAAAAGCUACCUGCCCCGGAAGCUUCAACUGCUUUGUCUACUCAACAAAGAGUAAACAGUACAUUUAUGCCGGUGACUUCAAAGCAGUUAAAACCCCUUCAGAUUUAUUUUGUUCUUAAUGGCAACCCACAUCGUUUCUAUCGCACUCUUGUGAGUCCUCUUAGUAGAGGCGAGUUGGAUCACUUAUUGGAGGAAAUAAGCGAAGGUCUGCACGUGGCAAUAUUUCGAAUAUAUUCGUUCGAAGGCGAUCGUAUUCUCAACGUUGAACAACUUCUUCAACUAAAGGACUCUCGAGCAAUUGCAGUACCCAGACAUGAACGUCUUCAACUCAACGGCCAAACAAACUCAGACAUUCUAAGGCCUGUUAUCCCUCUCCAACAACAAAAGCAAUCGACUGGUCUGCUUCUUCCGCCUAUUAAAAAUGGCAAUAAUAAAUCUAAAGGAACCGGAACCUCAUCUUCUAAAUCAGUGCCUCCCUAUCGUGGAAAUCACUCAAAAAGUUGGAAUUAUAUUUUUAUUAGAGGAGAGAACCCUUACAGCUUAUUAGAAGGUGUAGCCCCAAGGGACCCUUUGGGCAAAGAGAACCCUGUGGGCUUAUACUGA